GUUGAUUGUAUUGAGUACCAUACCUGGAAGUAUUGUGGAUAUAUUUCCUUGCGAGUUAGUUCCAGUGGUUCGAGUGUUGAACCAGUCCACUUCGCCAAAUCUAAAUGUCUCUUUCGAUAAGGUGGUCGAGUACUUUGUUAGAUUAAUUUUGCUGGUUGAUUUAACUCCUGGCAAACCCAAAUUUUUCCGUGCAACAAUUGGUGGUGACUACCUUUUAAUUCGAAACGAAGAUCUCCGGGUUGAGGAAAAUGAAGUUAAUGGAGAAAUUCAGGAUGAUCUCGCUCAAGAAAACCAAGUACUAGCCGAUGGUGGAAACCAGCCAGAGGACGUUAAAGAAAUCCUGAAACAGAUUUCUAGUGUAUUUAAAGAUGAUAAGAAUUACGUUGAAAGUGAGGUUUUGGCUAAUGACCAAGCCCGGUAUCAACCUUAUGCCACGCAAAAAGGGCUAAGGCCGGUAAAGAAGUCCGAGUCAAAGUGGGAGGAUAGGUUGAGGCGACGUGAACCAGAAGAGCAGCCCCAAGAACCAUUGCCAAUGAAUGAAGAGCCAUAUAUCUCAGAGGAGCCAACUGUGACUCGCUCUAAGUAUAGAAGGGGACCAUCUAGGGUGGAUAACCUUGAACCAUAUAAUGUUGUUCAAGACUUGUUAAACACUAAGUCUAGUGUCACUAUAGGGCAAAUGCUAAAAUACCCUAACCAACGCCGUAAUCUUGCCCAAGCCCUUCGUCGUUCUAGGUUACCUGGCCAAACAACCCGCUUGGCUAUAUCACAUGUUGGGGAACAUCAGCUUUCGAAGCCUGAUGAUGAAAGUGACGAUGAAGACCUCUUUGAUGAAUUAGAAUUUGAGGAUGAACUGCUAGAAGAAGCUGAGAGCUAUUAUACCAGUGAGGCCUCGUUAGAAGAAGAGUUACAUGUAAAUCCUUGGGAUGGGACACAAAGUUGUGCAGCUAUAGAAGAGGUUUUGGUGGGGCAUUAUGAUGAAGAAAAUGAAGAAAAAAAAGAGUUGAGUGAAAUAUGGCAAAAGGCACUAGAUGAAUUAGUAGUACAGGAAGAAAUAGGUAACAAGGGCCGGGAACAAGCUGAAUGGUUAUUUGCUAA